AUGGAUAGUGUGGAGGAAAGAAAAAAGAGGAUUGAAGAGCUGAAGCGUAAGAAGGCCGCAUUGCUUGCUCAAGGGAAGACUGCUGAGAGUACAAAGCCAACAAAUUAUACUCCACGAGAUGAAAAUUUGAAAAAGAACGUAGAUAGCGUUAUUGUCGAUACAAAGCCUCUUUCCUAUGAGGAAGAUUUGAAAGAUGCAAGCAAGAUGCCCGGAAAGUCUGAUGAACUGAACUUGGCUCCGAAGAAGCCAAAUUGGGAUUUAAAGCGUGGUAUCGAGCACAAAUUAGAUAUUCUGGAAAAGAGAACCACGAAAGAGAAAAAAUAG